AUGAACACCCCCUCUGAGGGCAGGAGGGAGCCUCUGGGAGUCUCAGAAACCCCAUGGCCAUCAGAGCCCAUCACCUUGGGGCCAGAGACAUCUGCCCGGCAGCUGGUCCUGAAGAAGAUUCAGGAGUUGUCCAUCUUGGGCCGCCAUGACGCCUUCAUGGUGGCUGACUUGGAUGUGCUGGCCAGCCGCCAUCGGACCUUCCUCCAGGCCCUGCCCCGAGUCCAGCCCUUCUAUGCAGUCAAGUGCAACAACAGGCCCUGGCUGCUGCUCGUCUUGGCUGCCCUGGGCACCGGCUUUGACUGUGCCAGCCAGGGGGAGCUAGAGCAGGUGCUGAACUUGGGUGUGGCCCCCUCACGAAUCAUCUUCGCCAACCCUUGCAAGGCCAUCUCCCACAUUCGGUACGCAGCCAGCUGUGGGGUGCAGCUUCUGACUUUCGACAGUGAGGAGGAGCUGAUUAAGUUGGCCCAGCACCACCCUGGGGCUAGGUUAGUCCUCCGGAUACAGACCCAGGGCAGUCGAAGCACCUUCCCGCUGCACACCAAGUUUGGAGCCUGUUUGGAGGCAUGUGGACACCUGCUCCAGGUGGCCAGAGAGCUGGGAUUGGCUGUGGUGGGGGCCUCCUUCCACGUGGGUUCUGACUGCCAUACGCCCCAGAGCUACAGGCAGGCCAUCGCUCACUGCCGUAGUGUGUUUGACAUGGGCUGCAAAGCUGGCCACCACAUGAGCCUCCUGGAUCUUGGAGCGGGGUUCCCAGGAAUUGAGGGCUCCGAAGCCAGAUUUGAGGAGAUGGCAAGAGUGGUCAACGCUGCCCUGGCCCAGUACUUCCCCGAGGGGACCGGUGUCGAGGUCAUUGCGGAGCCUGGCCGCUUCUAUGCGGAGUCUGUGUGCACAGCUGCUGUGAGCAUCAUCGCCAAGAAGGCCUCCCUGGAGCCAGGAGGCCACAGGAAGCUGGCAUACUACCUCAAUGAGGGCCAUUAUGGCGCCUUCCGAAUCUUCCUCAGGGAACCUGUCCCCAGGAUACCCAUAGUGGUGAAGGAGUUCCCCUCGGAGCCCCGCCUCUUCCCCUGCACUCUUUAUGGCCCCACCUGCGAUGCCUUUGACCGGCUGUUUUCGACAGAGGUUCGGUUGCCAGAGCUGGAUGUGGGCGACUGGCUAAUUUUCCCUGACAUGGGUGCCUACAGCAGCUGCAUGAGUUCCACCUUCAAUGGCUUCCCGAUCACAACUGUCUAUGAUGCCAUGAGCCCCCAACUCAGGAGCCUACUGGAGACAGUACCUUAG